AUGGCGGCCAUGGCAGGAGGUCACUCUGCACCAAGAGCUCCAAGUGAAGAGGAGAAAGCCUUUUUGACAUCCCCACCGAUCCGAAAGUUGGUCGAAGGUGCUAUCAAGACGAAUGGAGGUUCCGACUUGACAAUUUCGGAAUUGGAUCCGGUUCUCAUGACCACCCAAGUCGUGGCUGGCACCAACUACAAAGUGAAAUACCAUAUUGGAGACGAAAAGUAUGUGCACGCCAAGAUAUUUGAGCCUCUGCCUUGCUAUGCGGACGAGCAAAAGCCAGAAGUGUCCCAUUUUGAAAUGAACAAGUCUAAAAAGGAUAAACUAUGA